AUGAAAUGGCACCAGGUAUCGGUGGUAUGGCACAAGGAUAGUGGACUGGAUCUCAUCCUUAACAGUAUACGUCACAACACUUUAGAUGUCUAUUCAGGGAAGUCACUCAGCCUAAAUGUGUGGGUUGUGCUCGGUGCCAUGUUAGAUACGACCACCUCCCAGCCGAUAGAAGAUAAGGGUUUUUAUGGAUGUCUGAGUCAGGUCAACCUGUAUAACAGGAAUCUAAGCUUCCUCAAUGAAGGUCCACGCAUCAUAACCAGCCCACAGAUUUACUUCAGCAAUGUUGUCCUGGCAUGGAAUGAGUAUAUCCUGUACCGAGGUGUGAACACUGUGGCACCAUCCUUCGCUGCACGUGGUGCAUGCACUGGCAAUGUUCUCUGUAUGACUGGCCAAGACAAAACACCACCUAUACCACAGAACUGUCCUGGUGAUAUAAUUGUACACAGCAACCCCAAGCCUGCGGCAGUUUCCUGGCCGGAGCCGAGCUUUAUAGGAUCAGCAGCGACAGGAGGAAUAAAAUCUAAUUAUAGAAAUGGAGAGACCUUCCUGUGGGGGAAGUACACUGUAACGUACGAGGCCCGGGACGAAGCAGACAACGCUGCAUUCUGUACUUUUGAUAUUUAUGUCCAAUAUGAUAGCUGCUCGCAGCCACGGAAUCCAAUAAAUGGAAAUCAGAUUUGUGAGAAUAUGUACAGCCCAUACCAUGGCUGUACCAUUGGGUGUAUUGACGUCAUCACACAUACAAUAGACAUAAACACACCCAACCUCUACACUUGUGGUCCACUGGGUAGUUGGUACCCAGCCGACCGCUACCAGCAGCUUGUUUACCCCUCCUGUGGAGAAAUUGUUGAAGAUGCCAAGAAAAGUUUAAACAUCAUUUUAACUUACCCUGAUAUGACCACAUCCUACUGUAACGGAAUUAAGAACACACUUGCCCAGAAAACUAGAGAAGCCAUUGAAACUAUCAACAUAGCCUACAGCGGACAUGUAUGUCGCCAAGCUAACUGUGCUGAUGUGGUCAGUACGGUGAGCUGUGGAUCCAAUACCUUUCGUCUACAAGAUACCAGUGCAUCCACUGUCACAAUCAACAUUCCCACUGCAGAAGAAAAAUGGAUAAACACAGAAAAUUCUGAAGUCUUCCUGGCUGCUGAUGUGAUGACGAGCUACAUUUUAGAAUCAAGCCUCUUUGAUUUUACUUCGUUUAUCCCUGGAGGGAGGUUGGACCCAAAUGGAUUUUCACUAAGUGAGGAGAACACAUGUGCUGGGAACUACACCGCCAUCAAUGGCCGAUGUGUAUACCUGACCGUGUUGUUGAUGUUGGUUGGAGAUAAUCUAAAGCGGAUCUGUUUCUAUCUUCAUUUAACAGUUCGCUGUGGCCCUGGAAACUACUUUGAUACGACAACCAGGACCUGUCUUGAAUGUCCAGUAGGCGAGUACCAGAAUGAAUAUGCUCAGCAGUCAUGUAAGCCGUGUCAAGAUGGAACAUCCACUCGGUCAGCGGGGUCAUCCUCACAGACACAAUGUAAAGAAAGUUGUCCAAUGGGAAAAUAUUUUGACACUAAUGCAGAUAAAUGCAUUGAGUGUAGUAUUGGGUUUUACCAGGACAAAACCAGACAGUUCCACUGUCAACCGUGUGCCUCCGGACAAACAACCAGGGAAAAUGGUUCAGUUUCCAUUACAGCUUGUAAAGAUGACUGCCCGUCUGGUAAGGAGCUCCUCCCUACCGGAGGCUGUGUGGAGUGUGCUACAGGGUCAUACAGGACCCAAGGAGUAGAAAUUGCUUGUAAUGCUGGAUAUAAGAGGGUAGGAACAGACAGUUGUAUGGAGUGUCUAAUAGGAACAUACCAGCCAGAAAAGUGGCAGACGACCUGUCUGUCCUGUGGUGGUGCCCGGUACCGUACUGACCAGAAUGGUUCUGUUAGCCAAAGUCAAUUUUUCUGUGAGAGUGGCUAUGAGGUGAAGAACAACACAUGUGAAGCCUGCAGUAAAGGUUUCUACAAGGAUAAUAGCCUGGAUGUGUACGGCACUUGUAGACCAUGCCCAAACAACAAAUUUACACAAAACAAUGCCUCUACCUCCGAGUCGGACUGUACAUUCUAUAAAUGUGGGCCAGGGUACAAGUCUAAUGUGGCAGGCGAUGACUGUGUCAUUUGUCCUAAAGGUUCCUACCAGCCGCUAAGUAACCAGCAGUCGUGUGAACCUUGUCCUACUGACCAGAGUACACGACAGACUGGCUCUACCAGCUCAAGUCAAUGCGAUACAUACUGUGAGGAUGGCAAAGAGAGGGACAGUGACGGCAACUGUGUGGAAUGUCCUAUUGGCUUUUAUAAGGAUAACAGUGUGGAUCUGUUUAUGAAUUGUACAGCAUGUCCUGACCACUACGUCACAGCCAAUCCUAAGUCUGGAAGUAUCAAUCUGUGUACCAUUCGUAACUGUCCUCCUGGGUCAAAGAGGAAUGCUGAUGAUACAACAUGUCUUGGCUGUCCUGUAGGAACUUUCCAGAACUUGCCACACCAGAAGGACUGCCAGGACUGCCCCCACCUGCAGUCCACACGCCGUGAGAACUCCACCGCGCAUACAGACUGCGAGAGUUACUGUCCAAGUGGGAAGGAGAAGCUAUCAGGUGGUACCUGUCAGGACUGUGAUCAAGGUUAUUUCAAGGACAAUGAUGUCAAUAAAUUCUCUAUGUGUACAUUGUGUGGAAACGGCAAUAUCACCCCGGACAAAGCUACGGAGAAGGAAAGUCAAUGUACAGUUGCCAAUUGUACCGCGGGAGAGAAGCGUGAUGUCAACACCAAUACGUGUAAGGCCUGUCCAAAGGGGUAUUACCAGCCUGAUAAAUGGCAGACGUUCUGUGAGCAGUGUCCUCCACUAAAGACAACUGUUGGUACCAUGGCAACAAGUGUCCAACAAUGUAUUUUACAAUGUCCGGCUGGCUAUCAGGAUAUCGGAGGCGUUUGUACAGAGUGUCCGCGAGGUUCCUAUAAAGUUGAAUCGGCUGCCACAACCUGUACCAUGUGUUCCAAUAUGAUGACCACAGAAGGCAAUGGCUCUAUAUCUGCCAGCGACUGUGUGAUCCCUGGCUGUGUUCCUGGCUACUAUUUGAACCGGACUGUGUUCCCGAUGGGCUGUAGGCAGUGUGGAUACGACACAUACCAAGAUGAGAAGUGGCAAGAGACAUGCAAGCCUUGUUCUGCUGGCAAAGUCACUCUUGAUAUUAGCUCCACCAUGGCUUCCCACUGUGUCUUGGACUGUUCCUCAGGAUCAGAAUACAACGUCACGUCAACGUCCUGUGUUCCAUGUAUACGUGGCUACUACAGAAACAGCUCUGAUCGCGCCCAAACCAUGUGUCAAAUGUGUCCCACAGGCUACAUCACCGAGUCGACUGGUGCCACCUCUAAAGCCAUGUGUAACAUAUUAUCUAACCUUAGUUAUGAGUACCACGCCAACCAAGACAUGUGUAACAUAUUGGGUUGUACAGAGCACGGUACAUACAGUGAUACAGCCACAGCAACCUGUAAGGAUUGUCCGAUUGGGACGUACUCCAAUGAGAAGUGGAGGACUUCCUGUAUCUCCUGCCAGACUGGAUACACAACACAGUUCACCAAAUCUAAUAACUCAUUUGCUUGUCAAAGAGACUGUGAUGCUGGGACACGUCUAGUUGGUGACAGCUGUUUAGCUUGUCGUACGGGAAGCUAUCGUAACAAGACCGCGUCCUGGACCUGUACAUCCUGUCCUGAUGGCUUUACCACCCUUUCUACCGGGGCCACCAGUAUUUUCCAAUGUACAGCCUCGCCUUGUACCGCUGGCUUCAAGUUUGUACCUGGUAAUGGCGGUACCUGUGUCAGUUGUCCUCCCAAUACAUACCAACCAACUGCUGGCCAGUUCUCCUGUAUCACCUGUCCAAAUGGUGACUACACAGUCAGUUCCGGCAGUACCGGAAUCGGCCAGUGCUUAAGUCACUGUAGCACCGGACAGAACAACUGUUCCUCAAACGCUGUAUGUAGUGAGGAUGCCUCACAGGGGUUCACGUGCUCAUGUAUAGCAGACUACGCUGGAGAUGGAUUUAGUUGUGUCCAUCAGUGUGACUCUGGGUACUGUGUAACAGGUGUUUGUAGCCGCACCCCACUCUCCUGUUCCUGUCCUGAUCUCUACACAGGGACCAGGUGUGAGGUCCGUCAAGAUGCUAGCAAAAGUGCCUCUCCCAAUGAAGCAAUCAUCAUUGGAUCUAGUAUUGGUGGUGCGGCUUUACUCAUGACUGUAAUCAUCAUUGCUGUCUGCUGCUGUGUCUACGCCAGGACGACGAGGCCAGCGGAGAAAUACGUAUCUGUAGAAGACUAUCAGCUACAGCCUCGUGUUCAAGCCAAUCCGUUAUACUCAAAGCCAGCAUUGAUGCCUCCUCCCUCCGUUCAUGAGUCUUUCUAUGACAACAGAUCUUUUAUUGGGGAAGCCCAGAAUCCAGAGCUCGCUUUGGAUUUCCAAAACGGACCAUCCGACCCUGCCUUUUACACUGCGUGAGAGAAACCGUAACCCAAGACACACGUGAGGGGGAAUUAGCCAAAGACACACACAAGAAACUUCCUUUGGUACCAACACAAAGCUGCCGAAGCAUGCAUCAUGUCAAUGGCAAAUAUUAGGUCUAUACAAAAUUGUGAUGUUGUUCAGUCUCCUGUUGAAAUAUCAUAUUGGUAAGGAUUUAAAUGUUAAAACUACAUCAUGUUUAUCUAAACGUGUUUUUAUCAUGCACAUUCCAUCGGUGUGUUCGGAUGUCUUCAGAAAGAUAUCAUAAAUCUGACACUUUCUUCUGUGGGAUGAAUGACCUUUUUGGCAUGUAGGUCACCCAAGGUCAGUGUGCCGCUAACAAUAAUUUGUCUGGAGUAAUCAUUUGUACAUCCUCUAUAGGAACACAUUGUGGGCUGACCCCGAGGAAAGUAGCACUUAAGGGCAUAGUCUGGGCAAAGGUCAAGAUUACUUAAAUUCCAUUGAUAUGUAAACAACAUAUGAUUUUCAGGGAUUAUUUUGGGAUUUUACAUUCUAUAAGUUUAUGUCUCGUUAGGGAGGCUGAAUGAUGGGAUCGAAUUUACGAGAUUCCCUGCUUGCGGUUCUUAGAUAUUCAAUAAUUUCAUAGCAUACAUACUUUCAUCGAUUCAAAUAAAAAAACGUAAGCUAUAAAUUGUGCGAUAAUGCGCAUUGGGAUGGGGAAAGCCUCUUUGCGUUUGACAAUUUCAUAACGCUGACAAUUCUCCAUCUAUCCCAGUGACUGAGAUUGACAAUCGUAAGACAUUUUAGUAACUGUAAGACAUAUUGACAGCCCGCCACAAACCGCCCGGUGUCUUAGUCGCGAUCUGAUAAUGACAUACCAAUAUUGAUACGACUAAACAUUCAUACACAUCGCUUUAUUGUGCCUUCUCAAGAUGCUCGUUCAACUUUUAAAUUUAUGAAUGAGCGAAUCACAAUUUAUUUUAUGUUGGAUGAGUGUUGAUUGCAUUUUGGGGCCAAUAGUUUUUUUUUAAAUUUAAGAUAUAUACGCCAAUUUUGUGCUUUAACCGUAGCUUAAACCCGUGUGAUGUAUGUACAUAUUAGCUUAUGAAUAAAAGUUAUUCAUUAUAUCAGAAAAAAUAUCUAUACUCGGAUACAUAUGUUUGUAGUAAUUGUUAUUCAAAUAUAUUAUUAGAAUGUCUAUCAUAUAUUCUAUAAGAAUAUUUUAGUGCAUUUUAAAUUAUUGAAUUCAUUGUAAACAUUAUUAUAAUAUUACAUAAUGUAUGUGGGAGGGACCUAUAAAUAUAUACGACAACGUUAAACAGGUGCUACCAAAGGUUUCGUAUUCAACCACAUUGUACUCAAGGAAUCACUGGAGAUACUUAAGUUAAAUUUCAGAAGACAUGGGCGAAAAUUGUCUUUUACUGCAGAUAUUUAGAUACAAACCUUGGCUGUGCUGUUGUACCAUUGUCUAGCCUUGUUUGAGGUUAAAAUAAAAGUCAUUUACAGGAUACUAUUUCAUGGUCGAAGGUGUAAACCCUUGAUAGGGUUGUGUGAGAUUUUUAGUUGGGUGACUCAGAAUACCUUUAUUGGGGAUUGUGUAUAAUAUGUAUGACCAGUCUAUCGGGGUUGUAUAGAUAAAUACCGGGUAGAGCUUUACCAAGAGAGCUUGGUCUGGACAAGUGUAGUUAAACAACCUUACUGAACAUCUGUGAUUCUGUGAAACAGAAGCUGUGUUUGGUGCCUACAAUGUAUGCUCAGAUUGAACUUGGUAUCUGGCAUGUCUGAUGCUCGUAAAGCAAAGAUUACCCCCCUUAGAUCCCAAUAUAUCGAUUGUUUUUUCAAUUAAUACAAUAUAUAUACAGAAUAUUCAUAUCGUUCAUAUCUAACCAUCUAUACAUUAAUUUUGAAUCUCACGAAUCUCAUUAUUCUUGAAAACAAAAAGGUUACGACGCGAACAUGAACGCCUGAAUGUUAAAUAACAAGUACAGUUGUCGUCAUCAUUGUAAUACAGAACCAAUGUUAAAUAACAAGUACAGUUGUCGUCAUCAUUAUAAUACAGAACCAAUGUUAAAUAACAAGUACAGUUGUCGUCAUCAUUGUAAUACAGAACCAAUGUUAAAUAACAAGUACAGUUGUCGUCAUCAUUGUAAAACAGAACCAAUGUUAAAUAACAAGUACAGUUGUCGUCAUCAUUAUAAUACAGAACCAAUGUUAAAUAACAAGUACAGUUGUCGUCAUCAUUGUAAUACAGAACCAAUGUUAAAUAACAAGUACAGUUGUCGUCAUCAUUGUAAUACAGAACCAAUGUUAAAUAACAAGUACAGUCAUCAUUAUAAUACAGAACCAAUGUUAAAUAACAAGUACAGUUGUCGUCAUCAUUAUAAUACAGAACCAAUGUUAAAUAACAAAUACAGUUGUCGUCAUCAUUAUAAUACAGAACCAAUGUUAAAUAACAAAUACAGUUGUCGUCAUCAUUGUAAUACAGAACCAAUGUUAAAUAACAAGUACAGUUGUCGUCAUCAUUGUAAUACAGAACCAAUGUUAAAUAACAAGUACAGUCAGCAUUGUAAUACAGAACCAAUGUUAAAUAACAAGUACAGUUGUCGUCAUCAUUAUAAUACAGAACCAAUGUUAAAUAACAAGUACAGUUGUCGUCAUCAUUAUAAUACAGAACCAAUGUUAAAUAACAAGUACAGUCAGCAUUAUAAUACAGAACCAAUGUUAAAUAACAAGUACAGUUGUCGUCAUCAUUAUAAUACAGAACCAAUGUUAAAUAACAAAUACAGUUGUCGUCAUCAUUAUAAUACAGAACCAAUGUUAAAUAACAAAUACAGUUGUCGUCAUCAUUGUAAUACAGAACCAAUGUUAAAUAACAAGUACAGUUGUCGUCAUCAUUGUAAUACAGAACCAAUGUUAAAUAACAAGUACAGUCAGCAUUGUAAUACAGAACCAAUGUUAAAUAACAAGUACAGUUGUCGUCAUCAUUAUAAUACAGAACCAAUGUUAAAUAACAAGUACAGUUGUCGUCAUCAUUAUAAUACAGAACCAAUGUUAAAUAACAAGUACAGUCAGCAUUAUAAUACAGAACCAAUGUUAAAUAACAAGUACAGUUGUCGUCAUCAUUAUAAUACAGAACCAAUGUUAAAUAACAAGUACAGUUGUCGUCAUCAUUAUAAUA